AUGUCAUACACUGUACCAAAAACAAUUCCAAAAACACAAAAAGCAAUUUGGUUUGAUAAACCUAAUGCACCAUUAGAAUACAAAGAUAUAGAUGUUCCAAAGCCAAAACCAACAGAGCUUUUGAUCAAAGUUCUCUACAGUGGUGUUUGCCAUACAGACAUACACGUUUAUCAGAAUGAUUGGCCAAUUGAAGCUUCAGCCAAUGUUUCUGGACAUGAAGGCGCUGGAGUAGUUGUAGCCAUGGGAGAAAAUGUUAAAGGUUGGGAAAUUGGUGAUUAUGCUGGUAUAAAAUGGCUUAAUGGUUCAUGUAUGAAUUGUGAAUUUUGUGAACAAGGUGCUGAACCAAAUUGUCCUCAUGCUGAUUUAUCGGGUUGUACUCAUAAUGGUUCAUUUCAACAAUACGCAACUGCUGAUGCAGUUCAAGCUGCUAAAAUUCCUAAAAAUGCUGAUUUAGCUAAAGCUGCUCCAAUUUUAUGUGCUGGCGUUACCGUUUAUAAAGCUUUGAAAACUGCAGAUUUAUUAGCUGGUCAAUGGGUUUGUAUUUCUGGUGCUGCUGGUGGUUUAGGUUCUUUAGCUAUUCAAUAUGCAACUGCUAUGGGAUAUAGAGUACUUGCUAUCGAUGGUGGUGAAGAUAAAGGAAAAUACGUCAAAUCAUUAGGUGCUGAAGCUUAUAUUGAUUACACAAAAGAAAAAGAUAUUGUUGAAGCAGUUAAAAAAGCAACUGAUGGUGGUCCACAUGGUGUCAUUAAUGUAUCAGUAUCAGAACAGGCUAUGAAUCAAUCAGUGGAUUAUGUUAGACCAUUAGGAAAAGUUGUAUUAGUUGGAUUACCUGAAAAUGCAAAAGUUACAGUUCCAGUAUUUGAAUCAGUCAUUAAAUCAGUUCAAGUUAAAGGGUCAUAUGUUGGUAACAGAAAAGAUACUCAAGAAGCAUUAGAUUUUUUUGCAAGAGGUAAAGUUGAUUGUCAAAUUCGAAUUAUAGGUUUAAGUGAAGCACCAAAAGCUUUUGAUCAAUUAAAAGCAGGUAAAGUUAUGGGAAGAAUUGUUCUUGAUACUAGUAAAUAG